UCGAAAAAUACGAAAAGGAAACAAAACAAAACGAAACUCGAAAAGGAAAGCCUGCAAUAAAACCUGAAACGCGCUAAAUGGUACACAGGGCAAAUUGUAAAAAUCACUGUUGUUGUGUACGUGCACGUGGGGGGCGUGAAGUUGUUCCAGGAUUUUGCUAACUGCCAAAUAGUAGGGGAAGAAUAGUAGCAUAUCUGGUGGAUUUUUAUUCAAAAUGGGAAAAACUAGAAGAAACCGUGUGCGGCAUAUAGCCAAUUCCAAUCCAUUGGGGAUAGCUAGCAUUAAUGAUUUGUUGAAUGGUGAUGAAGAUUCAAUGGAUAAUGGAUUAGGCCCAGUGGAUUCAAUGCGGGAGCAACUACUGACUGCCAAUGUUGAGGAAAAACUAAAUGCUUUACAAUCACUGGCGGUGUUGGUGCAGUCUGGCAAAAAGGACAAACUGGCGGCAAUUUGCGAAAGCGACAUUAUACGCAUAACAGCACCUUACCUGUACGAUCGUGAUCAACCUUUGCGGAAUGCAGCUGCAGGAGCUCUUCGUAACUUCACUGUCUGUGUGCCAGAAGUAUGCGACAUCUUUGUUGAACAGGACGUGCUUACACCACUUUUAGCGCUACUCGGCGAAUACGCACAAGAUGACGAUUGGGUACCUAGUUUUGACAAUGCAAUGGGCGGUCAAUUAGAUAUACGUUCUGAUACAUUUCUGCAAGCCAUAAAUCUCUUAUGGAACUUGUGUGAGAGUUCGAUGGCGGCGCUGGAAUCCUUUAAUCAAACACAAUUAAUUGGAGGUCUCAUUCGCUGUCUAGAUCAUACUGUUUUUGGUUUAGACAUAGCAAUAUCAGUAGCACAGUGCAUGUUGGUUGUCUCAGAAAGCAACGCAAGAGUUUGGAAUGCACUGACACAGCAUAUAAAAGCAUUGCUAAGUUUGCUGGAAAUAACUGGCGGAUUUGGACACCAUUAUCUGCGCAGUUUGGGAGCAGGUAUUCUAUCAAAUGUACCAGCCUUAGCAGCAGCAUACCCCAUCAACAUUCUGAAUUGCUUAGCACAAACUUUGGCUGUGGAUCAACAAGAGGCUUUGUCAAAUGUGCUGAAUGCACGCGUUAAUAACGAACGCAAUGAAUGCAUACCAGUGCUGGAUAUUAAUAUGGAAACCGAAGAGGAAGAGACAGAAGAGGCGGCAGCUUUGCGUAGGCGGCGACAGGAACUGCCAACACCAGCAGAAAUUGCGAUCAAAGAGGUUGGAAAUCUGUUGGAUGCUCAUCGUGUCGCCGCGGAAAUUAUCACAAAUUUAGUGUCAAGUGAUGACGAAGAGUGGGUUGAUUCAGAUGGCGAAGAUGCAUCAGAAGGUGAAGGUGUUGUAGAUUGUGAAAUAGAGAAUGCAAAUAGCAAUGGUGACAUACAAGAUGGCGAUAAGCUUCCCGCAGAAUUAGUGGAAAUGAUAAAAUCAUUAGGAAUUGUGCAAAAGCUUUGGCAAAAAGCGCAAGUUUUACCAGAUAAUGUUGCGCAAUCCUUGCGGGAAGUAAACUUAGGUUUAGUAAUGAAGGCGAAGAAUUUGCGUAUUUCAUCAUUACUUUGCCUGCAAAAUUUGUGCAAUGCAUUGAGUCCUAACGAGAUGGGCGGUGCCAAGGCUAUUUACGAUGUCUGGGUAGAACUUGGUCAGCAAGUAUUCAAGGGAGCGCAAGAUGUUGCUGUUAUGGAGCCCGCGACUUCGCUAAUGCGAGCGGCUUUAGAACGUUUAAAAACAAAUAAAGAACUUUUCAAUCAAAUGGCAGAAAAUGACUUGGAGUUGAUCUUCAAUGGCGUAAAAAAUUGCAGUGUAGCUGAAAUACGUGCGAAUUGGUUACGCAUGUUGGGCACAUUGGGUUGUCUGCUGCCUGAAACAUUAGUGCGCAUUAUAAUCACCUUUAUUAUAGAAGCAUGCGCUGAGGAAGAAGAUGUUUGGACAAUUUCCGAGGCGCUUGACGCUUUAAUGGAUAUGUUUGCCGAUAACGAUUGGCCAAAAAUGAUUGUUGAGUUGAAUUUACCCGAAGUGUUGAAAAAGUUAGAGAAAAUGUUUAAAAAUAAGAUGCGUCAGCAGCGUCGUGAACUGAAAGAUCGUUAUCCAGCUGUGCAGACGGUGCGCAUAAAUUUGACGCGUUUCAUUCGAUAUAUGGAGACAGAGGCGGACAAGUACGUGAUCAAUUCAUAAGAUUUGAGAAAUAAAUUACUUUUAAAACUGCAUUUAAAGUAAUGCAAAUUUCGGCCCCAUACUAUGUAAAUAGAUAUCUACAUUUUUUAUUUGACAAAAAGAAAAUUCUAUAACUAGAAUUUGAAACCAA